GUACAGAACGGAAUGCAAAUGGGACGAUUAUGUGGAGGACCCGGGCCCGAGCGAACCUUAUCGCCAGAUGAUGUUGCAAUGCUGAUGAAAGAAAGAGAUCAACUGGCUGAAGAUGUGAAUUCGUUGGAAACGAGUUAUGGUGAACUGUUCAGGCGAUACGAAAAACUUCGACAGACCAGCAUUGACAUCAAAAAUAACGAAGAUCGAGCCAAGAAGCAGUCGGAGGAAAUGGCUCAACGUUACGCUUUGCUCAUCGAAAAGUUCGAUAUGUUACGCAAGAACGCCGAAGAUCAGCUUGAUUUAGCGAACAAUGAAAUCGAUCGAAUGAUGAAGCAACAUGAGGACGAUACGUUGACGUUACGAUUGCGAGUGAAACAGCUCGAAACGAAAGUUGAAUCACUCAACGUUAACCUUGAAGCGAAGCAACGCGAAAUGGACGAAAUGACAAAUAUCUUCGAGGAGGUAAUCAACAAGGCGGAAAACAACAGCUGA